CUUUCUCAGACCUGUUGCGUGGUUCCUGUGAUUAAGGUUGUCUGUGUUUUGUCUCUCUCCCAGUCUCUCGCUUACGUAGUCUGUCCGUCUCUUGCGUGCGUGCGUCAGAAGGGAGGUCUAGAUAGAUAGAAAGUGAAGGUGUUGUAACAAGGUGACUGAAGUGUUAAUUAGCCACGCACCUGAGAGGCCCAUUAAUUAGGAGAGGCAGGAUGGCGUGUGGGCGUGGCAAGGCGUGGGAGGCGAGGACGUGGGCGGUGGCAGUGGCGGUGGUGGUGGUGGUGGUCGUCCUGUCUCAAUCUGCUCAGGGAUUUAACAGAGACAGGCCGAUUAUCAAGUGGUCGCCCCUCUGGCUCAACCACUACAGGCCACGGGGGGUGCUGUACAAAAGGAUCCGUGACGACCCUAUUCAGAAAUGGAGCCCCGGAUUCUUUAGCAGUGAUGACUAUUACUACGACCAGAAGAGGGACGCUGGGAACUGCGGGCGUGAAAACUCCUUGUGUCUGUUUGUGAGUGGGCGGUCAGGCGAGGCGCGCGAGAUAAGGUGCUGUGGAUCCCUGAAAUGCGUGUUUACUGGAAUUUCCUACACCUGCACCGACCCCAGUUCUCUCGAUAUGGAAAAUAUUGAGAAUGAAACGCAAGCUGGGAACUGCGGGCGUGAAAACUCCUUGUGUCUGUUUGUGAGUGGGCGGUCAGGCGAGGCGCGCGAGAUAAGGUGCUGCGGAUCCCUGAAAUGCGUGUUUACUGGAAUUUCCUACACUUGCACCGACCCCAGGUGAGACAGAGAGAGAGAG